GCGGGCCUGGAAGGUUUAUGCCCCGUAGAAGAAGAAAGAUCCGGUGAACGGAAGGUCCGCUGUUCUGGUUCAGAAGGCCAAAUAGCGACAUUUCGCUUUAAUCGAGUGAUGGCUGCACCUUUGCGGUUAAUUUACUCCGUCUCCAGGGCAGGAGCUGUUUCUGCGCGACAGGAAGCUGCCAGGUCCUUCAGUGCGUCUGCACACAGACAAGGAUACAAAUAUGUAAAUGCACAGGAAGUUCCUGAUGACCUGAAGUCCAUCACAGACCGAGCUGCCACCACGCUGCUGUGGACCGAACUGUUCAGAGGUUUGGGCAUGACCAUGAGCUACUUGUUCCGAGAGCCAGCCACCAUCAACUACCCAUUUGAGAAGGGACCUCUGUCACCGCGCUUCAGAGGGGAGCACGCCCUCCGCAGAUAUCCGUCAGGAGAGGAGCGCUGCAUUGCCUGCAAGCUGUGUGAGGCCAUCUGCCCCGCCCAGGCCAUCACCAUCGAGGCAGAGUCUCGCAGUGACGGCAGCCGGCGGACAACACGAUACGACAUCGACAUGACCAAAUGUAUCUACUGCGGCUUCUGCCAGGAGGCAUGUCCUGUCGACGCCAUUGUGGAGGGUCCCAACUUCGAGUUUUCCACCGAAACCCAUGAGGAGCUGCUGUACAACAAGGAGAAGCUGCUCAACAACGGAGACAAGUGGGAAGCCGAGAUCGCCGCCAAUAUUCAAGCCGAUUACCUCUACCGAUAAACUUCACUCACACUCUUGUCCAUAACUGUCGGAUCCGCCGCUCAGGUCACCGUCGGCCGCCUCCUCUGUCCUGACGAAUAUUCCUCGUUAAUAUUGGGAUUUUAGUGUUAGACAAGUGAGGCAGGAAGCCCAGGAUUUUUUGGUUUGGUUUUGCUCUGCUGCUCUUUGUGUUGUUGCCAUCCUGAAUUAAACAACCUGUGAUAC